AUGUAUGAAAAUAAGGAGGUGACUAUUCCGAUCUUUUCACAUGGACCGUUAAACUUGCUGUUGGUGACCGAGUCAUUCGUUCUGCUGGAGUAUUUGGCUCAGCUAAGAUUCUGUUUCGGAACAAACAUUCUCUUCGAGUACCCAGGCAUAGCCAACUAUGACUUCAAUAGCACUUACGACAAUCCCAGUCCGGAUGACGCUGCAGCAUACCUAUCCCCAGACAUCAACCCCAUCUUCUGGGAUGCGGUCAAAGGAGAGGAUGGCAUCGAAAGAUGGUUUGAAUGGACGAGCUAUGUUGGCGGGCCGCAUAAAGGCAAGACAUACACUGCCCUUGGACUCGGCAAGACUUCGAGUGGUCGCACCACAAUCAACUCGUCCCUCAUCAUGAACGUCAGUGUGUUUUCUUACUUCAAUGACGAAGGGGAUCACGACUUUGAGACUGUUGUAGCCACAGUCAGUGGAGUUGUCAAGGCAAUUUCAUCCAUUCCUCGCGCUACAAUGAUCAACCCCGCCCCUAGUCAAGACGUGCGAGACUACGUCCAAAAGUUGUUUGUGGAUAUUGGCCGUACUGCCAAUCACUGGGUUGGAACCACCCGUCUUGGAACCGACUCUGCUCUGGAAGGUGGUAAACCCGUCGUUGAUCUCAACGCGCAAGUCUAUGGAACGAAAAACCUGCACAUUGUUGACGCAGGAAUACUCAAUGGGAUUUUCACUGCGAAUCCGCAAGCUGGAAUUGUUAUUGCUGCCGAGAAAGUAGCCAAAGAGAUUAUCAGAUUGCAUGGAUAA